AUGUCUGCACCAGCAAUUCAACCUCUACACCAAUCCCAGCCAUCUGCCGGGCCAAAUUUACACAGAUCCAUGUUCAAGAAACAAAGUCAAAAUCAAAUUUCCUUGCCCGUCAGAAAUAAAUUUGCAUCACCCACUGAUGAGAUGCUGUCACCAUGCUCUCAAAAACUUAACGAUCAUAAGUCCAAGCUUUUCGCAUCCAAAGCAAACCCCACAAAGUUGAAUUUUGCCUCGAGACAGAGUGGUGAAGACUCUGAUGACGAAUAA